GUUUCAGCAAGCAGCUCAUCUCGCCAUGGCCACGCACAUUAAUGCAACACCCAAAAUUCCCUGUCGAGAAUGGGAUUCCGCCCCAGUGCACCGGUGCGCAUGGGACUCCUUUUAAGUCUGCGCUCAGCCAGGGCCGCCGUGUGACGUCCGUAUUCGACCAGACCAUCCAUUUUUGGGGGUCGUUCAUCAGCGUGGUUCACGUCCCCUCAAUAGAAGAACGCCUUUAAGUCCAGACCACACACCUUUGCCGUGUCAUUGGACUCGACGUCUGCUUUCUGUCGGCGUCAUGACUACCACAAUUGAGCCUGCGCCCAUUGAGAUUGACCCCCAGGUCAUCCAGGACGACGGCUCCUCCUUUGCAGACUUCACCGACGAGCUAAACUCAUUCACGACGUCAAUCACGGGCAGCAUCUCCAAAUACCCUUUCGAAAAUGGCCGUCGCUACCACGCCUUCAAAUCCGGCAGCUACCCCCUCCCAAACGACGAACUCGAAGCCGAGCGAAUGAACGUGGUGCAUCACAUGCUUAAGAAAGCCCUCGGCGACAAACUCUUCCUCGCGCCACACCGAAACUUCCACAAAGUGCUAGAUGUAGGGACGGGCACCGGCAUCUGGGCAAUCGAGAUGGGCGAUGCGUUUCCGCAGGCCGAAAUCCUCGGCAACGACCUCAGCCCGAUACAGCCGUCGUGGGUGCCUCCUAACGUCAGGUUCGAGGUCGAUGACUUCGAGAGCCAAUGGGCUUUCAGCACGCCGUUUGAUCUCGUUUUCCUGCGCACGCUGUGCUUUUCCGUGGCCGAUUGGCCGAAAUUGGUCGAGCAGGUGUAUAGUAAUGUAAGGCCUGGCGGGUGGGUGGAAUUUCAGGAUUUGGAUCUGCAAUAUUACUCCGAGGAUGGGAGCUUCAACGAGUCAAGCGCGACCGCCCAGUGGCUGAAGAUCCUACUCGACAGUUCUAGAAAUGCCGGGAGGGAUCCUUGUCCCGGCCCGAAGAUUGAAGGGUGGGUGAGGCAGGCGGGAUUCCAGAACGUCGUGCAUCAGAAGUACAAACUUCCUAUUGGGCCGUGGGCGAAGGAUAAACGUCAGAAAGACAUAGGGCUAUUCAACCUCGUUCAGGCGUUGGAUGGUCUGGAGGGCUUCUCGAUGCGACUUUUUACCAACGUUCUCAACUGGCGGCCGGAAGAAGUCGAGAUAAUGUGCGCAAAGGUUCGCGCGGAACUCAAAAGUAAAUCUACGCAUGCUAUGUAUGACUUGCAUGUCGUAUAUGCCCAGAAACCAGAAUAAGGCCCGGUUCAUUCUGCAUAACACUGAUUCACUAUUGGAACUUCUGUAAUUGUACUGGUGGUCUUGGUUGGUGUUCUCGAGCGCCCAUCUUCCAUGUCGCUUUCGAUUCUGAUCUAUAAUAUGAUGGACGCCUUGGUGUGCGACUUCGAGAUAUGCAACAUAUUCCGAAGUCUACCAUUGCUGGCUCUCAGU